UUUGCCCCUGGGCCUGCAGAGACCGCCCGCUCGGCUCGCCCGAGCUCGCCCGCUGCUCGCCUGCCACGGGAGGAGGGCAAGAAUUCGAAUAAGUCUCGUGCUUGGCUACUUUGUAACCGGGUCUUUUACUCGCUCCCCGGGCCGCUGGCAUUCCCAACACUCGCGCCUCUUUCCGUUUGCAAGAAGCGGAAUAUCCUUCAAGCUGGCGGGGGCAAUGGUUCACAUAAAGAAAGGCGAGCUGAGCCAGGAGGAAAAGGAGUUGCUGGAAGUCAUCGGGAAAGGAACUAUCCAAGAAGUUGGAACACUUUUAGCUAGCAAGAAUGUUCGUGUCAACUGUUUAGAUGAGAAUGGGAUGACUCCUCUAAUGCACGCUGCAUACAAAGGAAAACUGGAUAUGUGCAAAUUACUUUUGCGACAUGGAGCGGACGUAAACUGUCAUCAACACGAACAUGGAUACACUGCACUCAUGUUUGCUGCACUUUCUGGUAACAAAGACAUCACGUGGGCGAUAUUGGAAGCUGGUGCUGAAACAGAUGUUGUCAACUCAGUGGGAAGAACAGCUGCUCAGAUGGCAGCCUUUGUGGGUCAACAUGAUUGUGUGACUAUAAUCAACAACUUCUUUCCGAGAGAGAGACUGGAUUAUUACACUAAACCCCAGGGACUGGAUAAAGAGCCGAAACUUCCCCCCAAACUGGCAGGCCCGCUGCACAAAAUUAUCACUACAACAAACCUUCAUCCUGUCAAGAUCGUGAUGCUCAUAAAUGAGAAUCCUCUGCUAGCAGAAGAGGCAGCUCUGAAUAAAUGCUACAAAGUGAUGGAUCUGAUUUGUGAAAAAUGUAUGAAGCAAAGAGACAUGAAUGAAGUAUUGGCUAUGAAAAUGCAUUACAUCAGUUGUAUCUUUCAGAAAUGCAUUAACUUCGUGAAAGAUGGAGAAAACAAACUGGACGUUUUGAUCAAAUGGCUUUUGAAAGGCCGUGGGUCUGAUGGUUUUCCAGUGUAUCAAGAGAAGAUCAUUAGAGAAAGUAUCAGAAAAUUCCCUUACUGUGAAGCUACACUCCUCCAGCAGCUGGUGCGAAGCAUUGCUCCUGUUGAAAUUGGUUCUGAUCCCACCGCAUUCUCUGUGCUAACCCAGGCCAUCACAGGUCAGGUGGGUUUUGUGGAUGUUGAAUUUUGCACCACUUGUGGAGAAAAGGGAGCAAGUAAAAGAUGCUCGGUAUGCAAAAUGGUAAUAUAUUGUGAUAAAACCUGCCAGAAAACACACUGGUUUACACAUAAGAAAAUCUGUAAGAACCUCAAGGACAUUUAUGAGAAGCAACAACUAGAGGCUGCCAAAGAAAAGAGUGACGAGGAGAACAAUAGCAAACUUGAUGUCAAUUCCAAUUGUGUCAAUGAAGAACAACCAGACGCUGAAAGAACAGUCUCCCAAGAGGAUUCCAAUCCCAAAGAUUCCGUGGGAGGAUUGGAAGAAUCUCUUCAGAAUCUGGCUGUGACGGAAAACCUCGAGAAUACUCCUAUAGAUCCACAGGCAUCUGAGGAGUAAAAGCAGGCACAAGAUCCAGCAUGGAUGUCCUCGUGGCAGGUAGCUGGAAAAUGCAAUGUGACUGUGUUCUCAUUGUCAAGUGCCUUUGCAUGGCACCCUGGCAGAAUUCCACAUUUCAUAGAGUAGAUGCUUUCAGGCAAAGCAAAAGCUCAGUAUACCAUGUCCUAAUUUCCUAUUGAUUUCUUUGCUGUAACUGAACAGAAAUUCCUAGAGAAGUAUUUUCAUUUCAAAGCACAGGAGAAGUCUUUUUCUGUUCCCUUUCUGGAGCCUGUUUCCCAGCAAUUGCUCCGAAAGGAAAACAAAUCUUGGAAAAAAGAAAGAUAGAAAUAUGGGCUCUAGGGAAGAAAGGGGGGGGGGGGAACAAGUAUAGGAGAAAAACUUUUUAAAAGGGGGAAAAUUUAUAGCCACAGAAAUGGGUAGUUGAAAGAAUUCUCACUUAGAUGUGAUAAAAGUCAUAUAAAUAAUAGCAUUCACAGGUAGUAAAAUUCUACUCACUAGGAUGCAGUAAAACAAAGGCUUUGUGCUAAAGGAUCUGUCAAAGUUCAGCAGCUAAUUAUAGUUUUUGUAGAAAUUAUUCGGAGCAACCUGAACUCUAUGUACUUCCCACAGUGAUGUUUUAUCUACAGUGUUUGUACCUUUAGUAAUGUCAAAUCCCUUACAAGGCACUAGGUAUAAGCAGAGUUACUGCAGCAUGUGCAGUUGAAAACUGAAGUUUGAUGGAGACCCAAGAAAUGGCUCAGCAUUGGAAUACAUUCCUUGAUUGUGAGGCCCUGAGCACCAAAAAAAACAGUUUAUAUAAUUUUUUAUUAAAUAAUAACUAAAUAUAUAGUGUCUACAACUAUUGUGAAACUAAUUCAUGUGCCAUUAUUUCACUUGAAAGACUACCUUCUUUGUCCUGUCAAGAGAUGGUUUAUAGCUAUCAUUUAUAGAAUGUUCUGAUAUCAGAUUUUAGAAUAUACAGUAUUUAAACCACAAGAGUGUGAUAUAUGAAGAUAGUACUAUGUUUCAUUUCUUGUCUUAAUUUUGAAAUAAAUUGUGCCU